GUGGGAGGCUAUGAAUACAUCUGACUGUCCAUAUAGUGAAUAUGUAAGUUUGGCACUCAGCUGAUUAUUUUUUAAGUUAAACCUGACUACUUCAGCCACUCUAAGGUCCACUACUACAACAAUAACAGAAGUUAUAUUUGGGAGGGCUGACCUAUUAAUAAUUCACCCCCAGCAGCUUCCCUUAAGGACUUUACCACCAGCACAAGUUGACAUAAUGAUAGUCUGCUGUUGCACAACAGUCCACUCAUAGUGCGUCCCAGAGGAGCUCCGCUGAGGGACACAUGAGGCUGCUGCCGCCGCCCGGAGAGCCACGAUCCCGCAGGAAACGCUGGAAUAUCAGCAGAGAGCAGCGGAGGAGGGAGGCCGGGGGCAGGAGGGCUGAGGACGGCCGAGGACGGAGGAGUCAGCUGAGGAGAAAGUUCACGGUUUGGCUGCCAGACGCGCUCUCGUGCUGAAUGAAAGCAGCAGCAUGGCGAGCAAAGGACGGAGCCCGCUGCAGGACUCCUCGGAGUCGGACACCGAUCCGGAGGGGGAGCCGUGCCGGGCCGCUCCGUCCUGCGCCCCUCCGCCCCGCAGCCAGGUCAUCCACAGCGGACACUUCAUGGUGUCCUCCCCGCACAGCGACUCGGCGCCGCGCAGGAGGAAGAGCGGCGGCUCGCUGAGAUACGACUUCGACACGGUGAACCGGACGUGGUGCCAGACGUACCGGUACGGGCCGCUCAGCUCCGGCAGCCUGAGCAUAGACCCCACUCUGACCCGCCUGUUCGAGUGCAUGUCGCUGGCCUACAGCGGUAGGAUAGUGUCUCCCAAAUGGAAAUCUUUUAAGGGUCUGCGGUUGCUGUGGAGGGAUAAGAUCCGCCUGAAUAAUGCGAUCUGGAGAGCUUGGUUCAUUCAGUAUGUGGAGAAGAGGAAGAACCCGGUGUGCGGCUUUGUGUCUCCGCUGGAAGGCUCAGAGGCAGAUGCACAUCGAAAGCCUGAAGCGAUUAUACUGGAGGGCAGCUACUGGAAGCGGAGGAUCGAGGUGGUGAUCAAGGAGUAUCACAAGUGGAGGAUUUACUAUAAGAAGAGGCUUCAGAAAAAGAAGGAUGAUAUUCUAUCAAUGCUGCAAGAGGGUCAGAUCUGCCAGGCCAAGCUGGACAAGAGGUCCAAUCAGAUCUACCAGGAGCCCGAAGCUGCCCCGGUGGAGGCCCACAUGUUUGACCUGGACUGCCUCCUGUCCGACAUCUCCGACACCCUGUUCACCAUGACGCAGAAGCCGUGCGCCUGGACGAGUGACCGGCACAACACGUACACCAGCAACGCUGAUAUUAUUCAGCCUGGACUGACUCCGCUGCAGCCCAACCUGGACGAUUUCAUGGACAUACCAGACAUCUUCAUGAACUACCGGGGCCAGCCCUCUGAGCAGACUGGGUUUACUGACUGUGGUUAUUAUGAGAGUUCAUCCAGCGCGGCGUUCGCUCCGGUUCCCUCCCCGGUGGUGACAGCUCCUCAGCUGCUGAUCGACACCCAGCUCGCUCAGCCCAAUCUGUCGUCCAACAACUUACCCUCCACGUCCAACACCCAGCCGGACCAGACCAGGCCCGGCCAGGAUUGCGGCGAAUACCACACGUCCCCCAUCAUAUCGGGAGCCAUGCCGUACGGACACCAGUCAUACCACGACCCACCUGCUCCCAUAGCAUUCAGCAGCAGCACCGAGCAGCCGGCCCCUGCGAGUGUUCCUUUUCUGUACCCGCUGCCGUGUCACAAAUUUGGCUACCACACAACAACCAGCAUGACCUCCACUGUCAUCACUCACACGGCCUCCACCGUGGGGGCUCAGGGCUCCGUGCACCAGACUCAUGGCUACCCUCAUGCGGGGGACACGUACUCCCAGACUCCCUGCCACCCUCUCAGUUACUCAGCUGCCGUGUCUGACCUGGUCCACGCCGCUCUGCCCUCUGUCACCACAACCCACUGCUUCUCGGUCCCGGAGCAGGUGGCAGUUACAGGGGUCAGAGGGAAGCACAAGCAAAAGACAGGAGGAGCGAGGGCAAUUGGUCCCUGCGCGGUGCCGACCAGCCCUCCGUCUACUGCCUCCACGGCCACUAGCUGCCUGGCCAAGCUGCUCUCCUCCAGCGCCCAUGAGCGGAAGCCAGCGUUGGGAUUUGAUUCUAAUCUAGCGACAGCCAAAGGUCAAAGGUCGUCAUCUCCAAGCUCCUCGACAGGCAGCGGCUCACAUGUCGGCGCUGCCACGUCGCAGCUGCAGUACGGCGCCGGUUGGCCUGCGGGGAUCCCAGCGUUGACGCCCCUGCCCUGCCAGAGCGCCAGCCUGGGGCACACCGGGACGCACGGCAGCGCCUCCAGAGGCUCGGCAGUGUCUGCGCUGCUCACCCACGGCUCCACGCACACCGGCACAACCCUGCUCAUUCCCAAGACCGAGAAGCUGUCGCCUGUCCAGCUGUACGGCGCAGACAGAAGCAGCUUAACCGUCAGUUUCCCAGCACAUCCAGGCCAAACAUCGCCACCAAACCCUUUAGACAGAACCUCCAACCCUGAGUCCCCACACUCAGGCUACUCAGGACAUGGAAAAAUAGAAUCAAGUAAGCAAACAGAGACCAGGAGGAUAACUCACAUCUCGGCAGAGCAGAAGAGGCGUUUCAACAUCAAACUGGGAUUUGACACUUUACAUGACCUUGUGACAACACUGAGCUCCCAGCCAAGCAUAAAGAUCAGCAAAGCCACCACACUGCAGAAGACUGCCGAGUACAUCAGUAAGAUGCAGCAGGAGAGAGCACAGCUACACGAGGAGGCUCAGAGACUCAGGGAGGAGAUCCAGCUCCUAAACUCAGCCAUCAAUGCGUGCCAGCAGCAGCUACCAGCCACCGGUGUUCCCAUCACUCGACAGCGCUUUGACCACAUGAGGCAGAAGUUCAGAGAGUACGUCCGAGCCCAGACUCUGCAAAACUGGAAGUUCUGGAUCUUCAGUAUCAUCAUCGAGCCGCUGUUUGAGUCCUACAAUGGGAUGGUGUCCACUGCUAGCGUUGAGGACUUGUGUCGGUCCACUCUGUCCUGGCUGGACCAACACUGUUCUCUGCCUGCACUGAGACCCAUGGUUCUGAGUUCACUCCGUCUCCUGAGUACCACCACGGCCAUCCUGACAGACCCCAGCCUGCUGCCGGAGCAGGCCGCGCUCGCCGUCACGCAGGGCGACCCCGCCGCUGCCCUGGACCACUCCUUACAGCCCGCCUCCCGGCAGUAACAUGCACCCCGCGUGACCCUCUGAAGAACAGACUCAGUGGAAACUCAUCUCAAGGCACAAGAGAGUACAAGUCAGAGGAAUGGUUAAAAAGACUCAGCUCAGAGACUGCUCAUAGCGCUUAAUCGUAUUUCCAAUAAAAAAAACUCUCCAACUGCAAAAAGAAUGUAUUUUACCACACUCAAAAAUCAUAAGAGCUGCUGUACAUGUGAUCAAUGCUUACAAUACAUGUAUGACAUAGAGUACAUGUAACAUAAACUCAUUACUGAGCUCCAAAUAAUUUUCUUACUACAGUUCAGAUGAAAGCAACACUGUCGUUGAUCCGUUUUAUCCUGUAGACAGUCACAGGACUUGGAGGCCGACUGAGCUGAUGCUGUGCCAGAUGCAGAGUUCACCCAGUCCUGUCCAUCACAGGGUGAAGAGACGACGACCACACGUGUUCACAAUCACGACGAAUCACCAAUUAACCCGCCGUGCCUGUCCUCAGACUGUGGGAGGAAACUGGAGCAAACCCAGCAAAUGCAAACUCCACAUGAACUUCUGGAGGUUCAAAACUCACAACCUGGACAACAACGCUAACCACUGCACCACUGUGCCGCCCCCUUGUGACUGAGACUGACUUAAUUUUAUACCUAUACAUUACUAAAAUUAUUUGAAGCAACCA